CAUCAUGGCUUCCGAGAGCCCUUUGGAGAUCCUGCAGCGGGAGAUCACUUGCUCCAUCUGCCUGGGCUAUUUCCGGGAGCCCGUGUCCAUCGAGUGCGGUCACAAUUUCUGCCAGGCGUGCAUCACGCAGUGCUGGGGGCGAUCGGACGACGAGAACACCUCGUGCCCGCAGUGCCGGCGCUGGUCCCGCAAGAGGAGCUUCAGGCCCAACCGGGAGCUGGGCAACGUCGUGGAAGUGACCAAGCGGCUGAGGCUGGAAGCGGCCAACGCGCUGGCGGGCCAGAGGCUGUGCGAGAAGCACCAGGAGCCCCUCAAGCUCUUCUGCGAGCAGGACGAGACGCCCGUCUGUGUCAUCUGCCGGGAAUCGCGGGCGCAUAAGGCCCACCCCAUGCUGCCCAUCGAAGAGGCGGCGCAGGAUUACAAGAAACAAGUUGCCACCCAUGUGAAAGCUCUGAAAUACAGGAGAGAGAAGCUGAAGGAGUCCAAAGAAGACCUGGAGUGCAGAAGCCAGGCUGAUCAGGAUGACGUGCAAACUGAGAAGCAGAAAGUUGAGUCCGAGUUUAAUCAAAUCCAUGAAUUCUUGGAGAAGAUAGAACGUUUCCUGAUUAUUAUGCUGAAGAAGUUUGACAAAGAGAUUGUGCAGCGGAGGGAUGGAGCUGCAACCAAACUCUCAGAGGAGAUUGCUCGUUUGGAUACCUUGAUCACCGAGGUGGAGGAGAAAUGCCAACAGUCAGCGAGUGAGUUCCUGCAGGACAUCAGGAACAUUUUGAACAGGUGUCAGGAUGGACAGCUGCCACAACUCAUGACAGUUCCUUCUUCUCCGACUGACCUGGAAAAAAAACUUGGUCAUUUCAGUCUGAAAAAUAUUGUUAUCAAGGAGGCUUUGGAGAAAUGUCAAGAGACAAUGAUAUCUGAAUUGGCAAAAGCAAGGGCAAUGGAAACAGCAGCUAAAAAAGCCAUCAUAACUCUGGACCCCAACUCAGCUCAUCCCAUAUUUGUGGUGAGUGAAGACAGGAAGAGUAUGAAACAGGGAAUUGUGCGGAAGCAGCUGCCUGACACCCCUGAGAGAUUUGAUACUGCCACCAUCGUGCUGGGCUGCGAAAGAUUCACCUCAGGGAUACACUACUGGGAAGUGGAAGUGGGGGAUGGGCAAAACUGGGCUCUUGGUGUCGCCUGCGAAUCUGUGAAGAGGAAGGGAGAUAUUACUAUUAGCCCUGAGGAGGGGAUCUGGGCUUUGGGGCUAUGUGGGGAUGAAUAUAAGGCUUUUACUUCGCCUGAUACAUGCAUUACCCUAGAUGAUCCCCCAGAGAAAAUCCAAGUUUUUCUGCAUUAUGAGAGAGGGUGGGUGGCAUUUUUUGAUGCAGAUUAUAUGUCCCUGAUCUUUAUUUUCCAGUCAGCUAAAUUCUUGGGAGAGAAAGUAUGUCCUUUCUUUAAACUAUAUAGCCUAACUACAGAGCUUAAACUCAGUUUCGGAAAGCAGGCCAGAAAAAACCGCGCCACGAGGCUGAAGAGUCACCUCUUGGAAUCCUCCUUGCGACCUGCUAUGUCGCAUUCUUCUGGGCCCCAAAGAUCACCACCUUCCCUGACUCCUCAGAGGGACGUGGCGAAACCGGCAGCUUCAGUGGCCUUGGCUCCCAGCAAGCCUAAGUCCAGCAAAUAUACAAAAAAAUCCCAUGAAUCCAAGAAGAAACACUUGGAAUCGUCAUCUAAGGGGCAUCAGGAACUAAGAGGCAUACCGAAGUCGACCCCACCGGAUCCCAGAGCUUCUGAUGCUGCGGUUCCAACACCGACUUCCGUACCGAAAUCGCCUCCAACUCCAGCCGUACCAACGCAACUGUCGAUACCAAUGGACAAGAUCGAAGAGGAAGUUAUACGAAUCCAAUCCCGAUCACCAUCACCACCCAUUCACGAGUCCAUGCCUGAACAUUUCCUAACCGAGGAGCCAACAGAAUUGUCACCUCGUACCCAGAUGCAGGAACACCAACUCGACCUACACUCCUUCCGGGACGUGUCUGCACCAAGGAGAUUUAAGGAUGCCACCGUAUCCCCGCUGCACAUGGAAUCCCCUCGACACCGAGAACCCUGGACCUAUCGGUACCGAGAGAGAUCCCCUAGCCGAGGGAGAGAUAGGGAUUUACACACCCAUUGGUACCAUGAAAGAUCUGCAAAUCUCCAUACAGACGUCACUACACACCUUCGAGAUCCCCUUCGGUUGAAUACCAUCGUCAUUGAGAAUACCUUCGGUACCGAUCGAUACCAAGAGGCGGAACCUCGGUACCGUGACGAUUCUUCUCAACCACACCAGUCGCACCAGGACCCAACAAAUAUGUCACCGACUCCUUCAACAUCGACUUCGAAACAACCUGCUCAACGACUGAGUCAACCCAAGACCAAGCCUCUGCCUACAGUACCGAUACUACCCACACCACCUGACGCCCCAGAAGAGGAGUCUGAAGCUGAAACCUCUGAAUCAUCGCAUUCAGUCUCCUCCCCAGCAUCACCAGCGGAACUGUCUCCUUCAGAAGGAGCAAAAUCUUAUUUGGACUUAAUUUCCAAUAUGGCCACCACACUCAAUAUCAAGCUAACAACUGAUCUUCCAAAAAUAUCCGAUGUGGUCCAUGACUUGGUUCACGCCCAUCUACUUGCAGGAUCUUCUUUACCUAUGUUACCAGUCCAUCUAGAAGCCCUGAAGGAAGCCUGGGACAAGCCAGCCUCCAUUCCUCCGAUAUCCAAACGCGUAGAAUCACUAUACAAGAUUCAUGCACCAGAAUCCAAGUUUCUGUUUAACCAUCCUGCUCCAAAUUCAAUGAUCGUGUAUUCGUCAUCAAAGUCUAAGCAAAUGCGUCAUCCUGUACCACCAGAAAAAGAAGGAAGAAAGCUGGAUACACUAGACAGGAAGCUCUAUUCUAUCUCUACAGCCACAGCCAAAGCCAAAAUAAAUAAUUAUCUAGUUUAUUUUGCUGCCUGCUCCUAUAACAUCUCCUCACAACUGAGUAAUCUAGUAACAUCCUUACCAGAAGCUUCCCAGAAACAAGCCUCUAAGCUCCUACUAGAGUUUAAUCAUCUAAGCAAACAGCAAAUCAACACCGUAAGACAAGCUGUCGGCUGCUCCUCAACGUCGAUGGCUGCCUCCGUUGCAUUACUCAGGCAUGCUUGGCUACGCUCAUCUUCCCUCCAACCAGACAUAAAAUUCAAAAUUGAAGACCUUCCUUUUGAUGGACAAGGCUUAUUUAAUGCAACCACUGAUGACAUCUUGACCACAGUGGACGAUAGGGUCCAGAACAUCCAAGCAGACAUCCUAAGUCGACAAUUCGUCAACGAUCACGAGUGGACACUCAAGAAGUCAUACUUCCAACCAGUCUUCAAAAAAUUUGGAGUCCCCCUUAUCGAUGUGUUUGCCUCUCCAGACAAUGCCCAAUCGUCCUCUCGCCCUGCCCCUCUUCGAACUCUGUCCAGCCAAUGGAGGCGCUCGGCGUCAAGGUUCCGCUUGCGUCUUAGGCCUGCCCGGGUUCCAGACGCGCGGUCUGAGGGCGGCUGCAGCGGUCGCGGCACCAUGAGCGGGAUGACGGCCGAGCAGCUUCUGCAGCAGCGGCUCCUCCGCAGCCGCCUGCGGGCCUCGGCGCAGCACUUGGGGGGCGGCCCGCCGCCUCAACCGUUGCUGCCGCCGCUCUCCCCCCCUUCCCCUCCCGACUCCCCUCCUCCGGGGACGACGCCGGCCGAAAUCCCCGCCGGGCCGCGCUACCCCAGCGAGACGUGGUGCUCUCUGUGCCGCGUGUAUUGCCCGGAGCCCGUGUGCCUGCCUUGCGGCCACAACUUCUGCACGGGCUGCAUCGGGCAGCGUCUCGGCGAGCCCAAGCUCAACAUCUCCUGCCUGGAGUGCGGCGCCACCGCCCGCAAGCGCAACCUCCGGCCGAUCAAGCCGCCGCCGUUGCUGGGCAGCCUCGCGGUGGACAGACCCAAGCGGCCCAGGCUGGACUCGACGGGAGGAGUCGGAGGACUCGCCGCCCCGACGCCGCCAGUAGUGCCGCCGCCGCCGAUAGCGCCGCCAGCAGCAAGCGCAGCAGCACCGGCAACAGCAGCAGCAGCAGCAGCACCGCCGGCAGCAACGACAACCGCAGCCGCGCCGCCGCCACAGCAGCAGCAACAGCAGCCUCCCCCGCUGCUGUCCUUAGCCCCGACCCCGCCCACGCCUCCAACGCCGAAGGCCCCCUCGCCGCCUCCCUCUCCAGCACCAGCGGCUGUGAAAAGGGCACCAGCGCCUCUUCCGUCGCCGCCGACGUCGACGGGAGGAGCGGGCGAUGCGAGCGGAGGGCGGCUGUGCGACAAGCACCGGGAGGUGCUCCAGUUUUUCUGCGAGGAGGAUCAAGCUCCGAUCUGCGCCCAUUGCGACAGGUCCCAGGAACACCGAGCCCACACCAUCUUCCACGUCGAAAGAGCAGCCCGAGACUACAGGGAGCAGGUUCAGACACAACUAGAGAAUCUGAAGCAGGAGAAGAACUCACUGUGGAAUCAGAAGCUGAGUGAAGAGAAGAAAAUCCAGGAGUACCUGGAAAAGGCCCAGACUGAGAGACAGGAGAUCGUAUCUGAAUUCGAGCGCCUGCACCAGUUUCUGAAAGAUCAGGAGCAACAGCUCCUAACUCGUCUGGAAGAAUUAGAUAAAGAGAUAGAGAAGCGAAAAGAAGAAAGUGUCGCCAGGUUCUCAGAAGAGCUUUCCCGUCUUGGUGAACUGAUCACUGAGAUGGAGGUGAAAAGUAAGCAGCCAGCAAGUGAAUUUUUGCAGAUGUACUUCCAGGUCCUUCAGCCUGACCUGAAGGCUGUUGAGAAGCUGGCCUGGAUGAUCCCAUUCCUUCAGGUUCAUGCCGGGACGCGUCGGGUAUGGCUGCCGGGCAGACCUCUAGACAUCAAAAAACUCAUGAGCAGGUGUGCAACAGGGCAGUUUCAGUUUCCUGAAGAAGCCUCUCUGGAAGAGAGACUGGGUGAUUUCUCUCGGAAAAGCACGGCUCUGAAAAAAACUUUGGAUAGAUUUCAAGAUCAUGUGAUUGCUGCUGUGGAGAAAGCAGAGAUUGCAAAAACUGUGAAUGAUAAAGAUGUGACUCUUAAUCCAGAUGUUUCAAGUGCUCUUCUGUUUUUGGACCAAAGAAGCAUGGGAUAUGAAGGGCCCCAUCACAAGCUUCCUGCUUUACAAUACACCCCUGACACCCCGAAGAGAUUGGAUUCCAGGGCUUUGGUUCUGGGCUGUGAUGGUUUCACCUCUGGGAGAUAUUUUUGGGAGUUAGAAGUGGGUGAUGGGGACUUCUGGGCUGUAGGGGUCACCCGAGAUCCCUUGGGAAAGAAGGGGAUGAUGAACUGUAGCCCAGAGGAGGGGAUUUGGGCCGUGGGGCUGUGGAAGGGCCAACACUGGGCGCUCACAUCACCCGUGACUGCCCUAUCCUUGCGCAGCCACCCCAAGAGAAUCAGAGUGUCCCUGGAUUAUGUAGGGGAGUGUGUGACUUUUACCGAUGGUGACACAGAAGACCUGAUUUUCACAUUCCCACCAGCCUCUUUUAAUGGGACGCGUACCCAUCCUUUACUGUGGGUGGUGGGGUUCCCAGCUCAGACUGUGUUUCUGAGACGUAUGGGGGUGAAAUAUCCAACUGGAGUUCACGAAAUGGACAUCUUGAGUCCAUAACGUAUUUCUUAAAAAAAUUCUUUCCAUGGGUCCAGUCUAGGAAAUGAAUCUCCGUCCUGCCAAAGUACAGAAGUGAGCAGUUUGGGAGUCAGAUAUUGGAAAGUUUUGUUUUGUUUUUUAAACCUUUGCCCGAUGUGUUGAAGAACAUAAUGAAGGAGGCAGAACUGCCAUCCUUGCCACCCUAAGGCCUUAUGAGGUUGCCAUCAGGCAACCACACAAGAACUGGGAAGGCUAGAUUUUAAGUCUUUUCAAUGUAAUAAACACUGUUAGAACAUCUAUCUUUAUUAAAAGGGAUCGUUAUCCCUUUCUGGUAGUUGGCUAAAACUUUUUUCUUUGGUUUGGAAAAAAAUAUGGCUAUUAAAAUUUUAAUCUGCAUUUUUGAUCAGCUUGAUUCUUUUUAAUGAUUGCAUGCAUUUGAGCUUUAAUACCUUGAGGUUUACAGUGCAUUAAGAAGAAUGUCCCCCAGGUUGGCACUUAAUGAAGAAAGCCUUCAGAGAAAUAAAGCCUUCUGAGAAAGCACCACUAGCACAGAGGUGAUCAUCCCAGGUCAAAAAGUUUCCCAGAUAUUCUGAGUAUGGUCAUUCUUGUCUGUGCGUAUCUUCCCUUGCCAGUCACUAGGGCUUACACAGCUUCAUCUCCUCACCUGCACUGGUCCAUUCUAAAGUCCCGAAGUUCAUUUUUCCUUUGCGUUGGUGCUGGAGAUGGAAGGGGCUGAGCCACAGACUUCAAGAAGCAGGUGUUCAAGGAAACCUGAUGAGUCCUUGAAGAUAAAAGAAAAAAAAGGAGACUCAGACAAUGUCAACAAGCCUGUGUGAAGAACCCUCUGAAGAAAUAGCUGGGAUGGCUACUCACUGCAGGAACUGUGUAUGACUCUUCUAAAUGUGAAGUCUCCCCUACCUUUCCUGAGUACCGUCCUUUUAAGAAUGUGUUGUGGGUGCUUUGCUGGAUGUUGCAUGUUAAUUAGCGUGACUGCGAGUGAGUGUCUCAAGAGUGCCAUGCCUCUUUUUUUGUAUAUUACUUACAACACAAAUCCUGCCUUUAAUAAAGUUGCCUUUCCGCUAACAGGAAAGUAUGUAAAAUGAUCCAAAAA